GAUCUAUAACGGACUUUAUAAUAAUACCAUCAUCUCCACACUCUUAAUAGGCAGCUUAUUAGCGCGCCCACCUAUAAGAACUCGCGAGCUCUUCCGAAAGCGGCAAUUCUCUUAAUCCUGACUCAGCUCUUCGAAGCCAACUUUGGCAUCAACUCUUAUUUUACAAAAGAUUCAUCGGACGUGCGUUGGUAUGUGGCUAGCCAAUCAGAGGCCAUAUGUAUUUGCGGCAUGAGUUUUACGCAUGAUUCCCCCCUCCUUUCCUCUUUCCCCCGUACGCCCUUGCGCGGACGGGCAACGCAGCUAGUAUAAGGAUACCUACCUACUUAGGAGGAACAUAACUUAUAUUAUCCAAUUUCUAAAUAGUAUAAGAAAAGCUGCUUAUUACCUAUACUCCGAGGGUGAGUAUCAAAUAGGUUACUUGAGGUGCCCAGGAAGUGGAAAAUGGCUCUCCAAUUCGUCACCCUCGACGUCUUCACGUCCCAACGGCUUCAAGGCAACCCCCUCGCCGUAGUCACCGUCCCGGCGGCGCUCAAAGAAAGCCUUACACAAGCCACCAAGCAGAAUAUCGCGCGGGAGUUCAAUCUCUCGGAGACGGUAUUCCUGCACGAAGCAGCAGAGUCGGACACCGGGAGCGAAGAGCGCCAUAUAGAUAUCUUCACUAUCGGGCGCGAGAUCCCGUUUGCCGGCCACCCGACCAUCGGCACCGCGGUGCUGGUGAAAUAUCACCUGCACCCGCACGUGCAGAUUCUCAUCACGAAAGCCGGUCCUAUUGGCAUUGUUCCGCAGCCGGCGAACCAUAUCCGCGCUAAGAUCCCGCACGACGUGCACCUGCACUCGCGGACGCUCGCGGACGUCGUCGGCGCCGCAGCAGCAGGGCUCUCGCCCGACCCGCAGAUCCGGGAGGCGGAGCUGCGGGCCCCGGUAUUCAGCAUCGUCAAGGGCAUGACGUUUGUGCUGGUGAAACUGCCGUCGCUGGAACUGCUCUCGCGCGUUGGCGCGGGGAACAGGCUUGAUUUCGAUGGCUUGCCUAAACCGUUGUUGGACGAGGGGCCCUGGGGGGAUAGUUUCGUCAGUCGGUAUUAUUACGUGGAUGUGGGCGAGGAGGAGGGGGAGGAGGAAGGCGUCAGGGCUAUCCGCGCGCGGAUGGUGGAGUUGGGGUUCGAGGACCCGGCUACGGGGAGCGCGGCGGCGGCGCUUGCGGCGUAUCUUACGCUAAGAGAAGAGAAGACGGGGAGGAAGUUUAGGGUUACGCAGGGGGUGGAGAUAGGGCGGAAGAGCGAUAUUAGUGUUGAGACUACGACGAAGGGGGGUGCUGAGGGGGAGGUUGGGUUGGUGGAUUUAUGGCUGGGUGGGACGGCGGUUGUGGUGAUGAAGGGGACUUUGACGCUUGAUGGGUUUGCCUGAGUGAUGCGUUAGUGAUACUUAGGUAGUUGUUAUACUAUAGACUUUGGAUAGUCUAUUAAUAGGCGAUAGUUAUAGCUUACUUUAAGUUCAAGUCUACUAAGACACAAAUGAUAGUUAUAUUAAGAUUAUCUAUGGUUAUAGAAGAGGUAACUAAUA